CUUGAUGGAAACCCGGAAGUGAGCGGCGGGGGUAAACAUCGGGAAAAGAGAAGAAUAGCCGAUUAAACCUCGUAGAAAUGAGCUGGAAUCUGUUCAAGGGUGGACCUAAGAAGCAGAUUGUCCCAAAGACUGUUGAAAGGGACUUUGAACGAGAAUAUGGCAAGCUCCAGCAGUUGGAGGAUCAGAUCAAGAAACUACAGAAGGAUAUGAAGAAAAGUAUUGAGGCAGAUUUAGCAAUGUCCAAGUCAGCGGUCAGGAUCUCCUCUGAUCUGUUGGGGAAUCCCUUGUGUGAGCCAGAUGUGGAUUUCCUUCAGAUGGUAACUGCACUAGACACAGCCAUGAAACGUAUGGAUGCUUUCAACCAGGAAAAGGUAAACCAGAUCCAGAAGACUGUGAUGGAUCCUCUGAAGCGGUAUAGCAGUGUAUUCCCAUCCCUAAACAUGGCGGUUAAGCGCAGGGAGCAGGCCCUUCAGGAUUAUAAACGACUUCAAACCAAGGUGGAGAAAUACGAGGAAAAAGAUAAAACUGGAGCAAUGAUCGCAAAGCUGCACCAGGCUCGGGAAGAGCUGCGUCCUGUCCGUGACGACUUUGAGGCAAAAAAUCACCAACUCUUGGACGAGAUGCCAAAAUUUUAUAACAGCCGCACAGAUUUCUUCAAACCCAGUUUCCAGUCACUGAUCCGGGCACAGGUAGUCUAUUACACCGAGAUGUCCCGAGUGUUUGGGGAUCUGGCACAACAGGUGGACGAGGUGCAGUUAUCUGAUGCAGAGCGAGAGCAGGAGAAUGAAGCCAGGCUGGCAGAGCUGCGUUCACUUUCCAUAGUUGCAGACGACUGACCAUUAAACCUCACUAACUUUC